AUGAGUUCCCUCCGAUUCCUUGACCUGGUCAAGCCGUUCGUGCCGUUCCUCCCUGAGGUUCAGCAGCCGGAGACCAAGAUCCCCUUCAACCAGAAGAUGAUGUGGACGGCCCUCACGCUCCUCAUCUUCCUCGUCAUGAGCCAGAUGCCCCUCUACGGCAUCGUCUCCUCCGACAACUCGGAUCCGCUGUACUGGCUGCGCAUGGUCAUCGCCAGUAACCGUGGUACGCUCAUGGAGCUGGGCAUCACCCCCAUCAUCUCCUCGGGCAUGGUCUUCCAGCUCCUCGCCGGUACCCACAUGAUCGACGUCAACCUCGACCUCAAGUCGGACCGCGAGCUCUACCAGACCGCCCAGAAGCUCUUCGCCUUCAUCCUGUCCGCCGGCACCGCCACCGUCUACGUCUUCACCGGCCUCUACGGCCCGCCCUCCGACCUCGGCGCCGGCAUCGUCUUCCUCCUGAUCCUCCAGCUCGUCGUCGCCGGCAUGAUUGUCAUCCUGCUCGACGAGCUUCUGCAGAAGGGCUACGGCCUCGGCAGCGGCAUCUCGCUGUUCAUCGCCACCAACAUCUGCGAGUCCAUCAUGUGGAAGGCCUUCUCCCCGACCACCAUCAACACCGGCCGCGGCCCCGAGUUCGAGGGUGCCGUCAUCGCCCUCUUCCACCUGCUCAUGACCUGGCCCAACAAGCAGCGCGCCCUCCAGGAGGCCUUCUACAGGCAGAACCUCCCCAACAUCAUGAACCUGCUGGCCACCAUCCUGGUCUUCGUCGCCGUCAUCUACCUCCAGGGCUUCCGCGUCGAGAUCCCCGUCAAGUCGUCUCGCCAGCGUGGCGCCCGCGGCUCGUACCCCGUCCGCCUGUUCUACACGUCUAACAUGCCCAUCAUGCUGCAGUCGGCGCUGUCCUCCAACGUCUUCCUCAUCAGCCAGAUGCUGUACUCGCGCUUCUCCGAGAACCUCCUCGUCCGCCUCUUCGGUGUCUGGGAGGCCAAGGAUGGCUCCUCGCAGCUGCACGCCGCCUCCGGCCUCGUCUACUACAUGUCCCCCCCGCUCAACUUCAAGGACGCGCUCCUCGACCCCAUCCACACCGCCGCCUACAUCGUCUACAUGCUCGGCGCCUGCGCUCUCUUCUCCAAGACUUGGAUCGAGGUCUCCGGCUCCAGCCCCCGCGACGUCGCCAAGCAGCUCAAGGACCAGGGUCUCGUCAUGGCCGGCCACCGCGACCAGAGCAUGUACAAGGAGCUCAAGCGCAUCAUCCCCACGGCUGCCGCCUUUGGCGGUGCCUGCAUCGGCGCCCUCUCCGUCGCCAGCGACCUGAUGGGCGCUCUCGGCUCCGGCACCGGUACCCUCCUUGCCGUCACCAUCAUCUACGGCUACUUCGAAAUCGCCGCCAAGGAGGGAGAUCUGGCCGGCAUGAAGGGCAUGAUCAUGGGGUAA